UUUUUAAACUUUAUUUUAAAAUUUCAGUCUGACUUCCUUAAAUUAGCUUCAGUGGUCGAUUUGUGCCCCAUUGAAACCCAUUAUAAACGCUAUUUUUCAUUGUACGAUCAUUAUAACUAAUUGAAGGGCCAUCCUUUGGAGUCCGGGCCUUAAAAUUGUAUUCUUUUUUUUUUUGCUCACCAGGUAGCGACACAAAUUAUCUGCAAAUUGUGAGCGAAGAGGAGAUCGAUGGGAACAGCCAUAGGAUGAUUUUGACAAACUCACGGACAAUGACUUUGCUCCGGAAGCAGCGUACAGCGUCUGACUCACCGUGUGCCAAAUGCACACAGAAACUCCCCACGCCCGCUGUCGGAGGUCACUUUCCAAACAAAGCCCUGCCAUCAGCAGGGACCUUGCCCUGGAUUCAGGGCCUGCCAUCAGCAGGGACCUUGCCCUGGAUUCAGGGCAUUAUCUGCAACAUCAACAACCCUUGCUUCCACAGCCAGACACCAGGGGAGACACCCGGCCAAGUUGGCAACUUUAACAACUCCAUAUCUCCCAGUAAAACAAUACCUGAGACCCAAUGAGACAUUUUCCGCCUUCCUCCUGACCAAUGCCAGCAUGUCACCUGUGACUGUGGAAGAACUGCUGAAUGCUAGACUUAAUUUUCAGACUACACUGGCUGUAGUGGAGAUGCAGCUAAAGGACAUGGUGUGUAAUAGGAGCAUCCUAGAACAGCUGCUGACAGUGGAUGGAGGAGAAGCCGCCAUGACUGAUCUUCAGACCCAGAUGUGUGACUUACCAGCUGAUGUGCUGCAGGAGACCGAGCGCCUUUUCCUGUCUCAGCUCGACUUGACGAAGUUCUUGACGAGAGACCGUCUAAUGGCCAACGCUGGAGAACUCAGGGCCAUCAGUCAGGCUGUCACCUCAGUUUCCCAGGAGCUCACUGCCCUCCUGGAUGAUAUCGCCUCCCUCUCCAGUUUUGCAGACAUGAGCGCGGCUCUUCGUGUCCUGUCUCCAGAAAAUCGCACAGCGAUGCCCAGAGAAAGUUUCAGAGCUUUUUCAAAGAUCGUGUGCGGUCACCAUGAACUUGACGGUGAACGCAUCCCGUCCCUUAACUGGUAUGAAGACAAUGACAUCAAGUCCUUUUUGGGCAAAAAUGGCACAGAGGAUGUGAAUGUGGAGCACAACAACAAUACAACUCCCUUCUGUAAAAAUCUGGUCCAGGCGCUGGAGUCCAUCCCUCUGUCUCGCAUUGUGUGGAGAGGAAUCAAACCUUUGUUCAUAGGAAAACUCCUCUACACACCCAACACUCCCGCAGUCCAGCAAGUUAUGAAAGAGGUGAACCAAACAUUAGAAGACCUGCAGAUUAUCCAGGAGCUAAAUGAAGCCUGGCUUGAGGUGGGACCACAAAUCAAGAGCUACAUGGAGACCAGUGUGGAGGUUAAGAUGCUACAGGAUUUGUUAAGGCAGCCAGAGAUUGCAGUACUGGUUAACCUGCGUUUGGAAGACACACCCUGGACAGCUUCACGCAUCGCACGCUUCCUAUCGACACCCUCUCCAGAUAUCCCACAGAGGCCCGGAGCACCGCUGACCUGGCUGGACAUCUACAAUGACAUAAACCAAACUAUCUCCACUCUUGCACAAGUUACAGAGUGCUUCUCUCUGAACAAACUGGAGGGGCUGGAAACUGAGGGUCAGCUGAUUGAAAGAGCGCUGGAGCUACUAGAGGACAGGCAGUUCUGGGCAGACGUGGUUUUCCUGCUGCCCAACACUUCCUCGUCUGAGCUGCCCCCACAUGUCACCUACAAGAUCCGAAUGGACAUUGAUGAUGUGACCCGCACCAACAAGCUCAAAGACCGGUUUUGGGAUCCGGGUCCAGCUGCUGACCCCUUCAGUGACAUGCGUUACAUUUGGGGUGGUUUCGUGUAAGUUCAGGACCUAGUGGAGAGACCGGUGAGCCGAGUGCUUACCGGAGAUCGACAGACUACUGGCAUCUACAUCCAGCAGAUGCCCUACCCCUGCUAUGUGGACGAUGUGCUGACGGUAGAGGAGCAUGUGUGGUUUUAUGGCUGUAUGAAGGGUCUGUCUGAAGCAGAGGUGAAGGCGGAGCUGGACACUUUGCUGGAGGAUGUGGGCCUCCUGCACAAGCGACACAAACAGACCAAAAACCUUUUAGGCGGCAUGCAGAGGAAGCUGUCUGUGGCGAUAGCGUUUGCCGGAGGCCUUUAUUCAGUCUUCCUUAAAUCUCAGCUGGGGUCUGGCUACUACCUCACUGUGGUGAAGAGGGAAGGACUGGACACCAGCACUCCCAGUAAUUUCCGUAUUUCCACCAGUGCCAGCUCCAACAAGCUCCCUCCUCUCAUAAAGGGCAGCGACUCAUCACUGAGUGAAGACACCGGGCUGGGAAGUGAGGAUAGCAGCUCAUCUUUGCUGUCGCUGGUUCAACACCACAUCCCUGGUGCCGGACUGGUGCAGGAGUCUAGACGUGAGGCGGUAAUCAACCUGCCGCAGAUGGCCGCCAAAGACAGCAGCCUGGCCAUCCUACUGAUCGCACUGGACCAGAGACUGACUGAACUGGGAAUCAGCAGCUACGGGCUGUUGGACAGCACGCUGGAGGAGAUCUUUCUGCAGGUGGCAGAGGAGACAGGUGUGGACACUGAAGCAGAGGUGCAGCCUGAAUCACCCCACAGCCAGCCGCCGUCAGGACAGGGAACUGAUGGCCAUCCUCUAGAAGCAGAAACAGCAGAACCUCAGGAGACAGACCUGCUGAAUGGCGAUGGCCACGGUGGGGUGCCUGCAACCGGCUGGUGGCUGACGUGGCAGCAGCUGAGAGCGCUCUUCAUCAAACGCUGGCUUUACGCUCGGAGGAGCCGUCGGGGAAUCUUUGCCCAGAUCGUUCUCCCUGAUGUAUUUGUGCUGAUCGCCCUGCUCUUCAGCCUUAUUGUUCCUCCUUUUGGGAAGUGCCCGCAGUUGCAUCCCUGGAUGUACGGCGAGCAGUACACCUUCUUCAGCAACGAUGAUCCUGGAAACCCAGCCAUGGAGAAUCUGCUUGAAGCUCUCCUUGACCAGCCUGGAUUUGGUACCAAGUGCAUGGAAAAGGAGGACAACAUGACGGAUCCUCAGUGUGAAGCUGGGCGGGGUGGUUUAUUCAUGAGGCCACAGUUAUCUUACUCUACCUGGGACAUGUUCAGCAGAGGCAACUGGAGCAGAGACAGACCCUCACCUGAAUGUCAGUGCAGCACAGAAGACGUCUACCGAAUGCUCCCCGAGUGUCCUGAGGGUGCUGGAGGGCUUCCACCUCCACAGAUUAAAAGGCCGACUGGAGACAUCCUGCAAAAUCUGACAAGUUAUAACAUCUCAGAUUACCUGGUGAAGACCUACGCUCAAAUCCUUCAUAAUAGCCUAAAAACCAAGAAGUGGGUGAAUGAAUUCAGAUAUGGUGGCUUCUCCCUCGGAGGCAGAGCUGUAUCUCAAACGCAAUAUCUCCAAGACUCGGUCAUGGCCAUCAGGACUCGUUUCCGAGUCCCACAGAACAGUUCACUGGGAAACCUGCUGCACAGACUCCCAGAGGUCUUAGGAGGGCUGAACAGUGAAAACAAUGUGAAGGUGUGGUACAACAACAAAGGCUGGCACGCCAUGGUGUCAUUUGUCAAUGUGAUGAACAAUGGCCUGCUGAGAGCGAGUCUGCCACCAGGUCCUGAGAGGAGGAAGCACGGCAUCACUGCCUACAAUCACCCACUCAACCUCACCAAGGAGCAGCUCACCGAAGUAACCAUGAUGACUACAUCGGUGGAUGUCCUGGUUUCCAUCUGUGUGAUCUUUGCCAUGUCCUUCGUGCCGGCCAGUUUCAUCCUUUUUCUGAUCGAGGAGCGAGUCAGCAAAGCUAAACACCUGCAGUUUGUCAGCGGGGUCAAACCGAUUCUCUACUGGCUGGCCAAUUUUACCUGGGACAUGUUAAACUACACCAUUCCUGCUAUCAUGGUGGUGCUGAUUUUCAUCAGUUUCCAGCAGCAGUCAUACGUUUCUGAGACCAACCUGCCCGCUCUUAUCCUGCUCCUCCUGUUCUACGGGUGGUCCAUAACCCCUCUUAUGUACCCAGCAUCCUUUGUGUUCACUGUCCCAAGCACAGCUUAUGUAUUUUUGACCUCCAACCUCUUCAUUGGAAUCAACGGCAGCAUUGCCACCUUCGUCCUGGAGCUGUUUGUAGCUGAGUAUCUGAACGAGGUGAACAGAAUCCUGGAGGUGUUUUUAAUCUUCCCUCAUUUCUGUUUGGGACGAGGACUUAUCGACAUGGCCAAAAACCAGGCCAUGGUGGAUGCCUUCAAAAGACUGGGUACCAAACCAAGCCUGGACCCCCUUCAGUGGGACUUUGUAGGAAAGAACCUUUUUGCAAUGGCAGUAGAAGGUGUCAUCUUCUUCAUCUUUACCAUACUCCUUCAGUACAAAUUCUUCAUCCGCUACAGGCCUUGGUGGACUAAGCCUGAGUUGCCUCCUCUUGGUCCAGAGGAUGAGGAUGUUGCGAGGAGGGUCAAAAGUGGGAAAGCACACUCAGACAUCCUCACCAUGAUCGACCUGAGCAAGGUUUAUAAAGCUGGCAGAAAGCCAGCCGUAGACCGUCUUUGCCUCGGGAUUCCUCGCAGCGAGUGUUUUGGGCUGCUUGGGGUCAACGGAGCUGGGAAGACUUCAACAUUUCGGAUGCUGACUGGAGAUACACCUGUCACUCAUGGAGAGGCUUUCCUCAGCCAGCACAGUGUGCUGACAGAAAUGGAGUGGGUCCACCAGCUGAUGGGUUACUGCCCACAGUUCGAUGCCAUCAGCGACCUGCUCACAGGCCGGGAACAUCUGGAGCUGUACGCCCGCCUGCAGGGGGUGCCAGAGGAGUUCGUCUCUAAGGUGGCGCAGUGGGGUGUGAAGAAGCUGGGGCUUGCUCAGUAUGCAGAUCAGGAGGCUGGAGGCUACAGCGGGGGCAACGAGAGGAAACUCUCCACAGCCAUCUCCGUCAUCGGGUCUCCACCUGUCAUAUUCCUGGAUGAGCCCACCACUGGCAUGGACCCAAAAGCCAAAAGAUUUUUGUGGAACUGCAUCCUCAGUGUCACCCAAGAGGGAAGAGCUGUACUGCUAACCUCACACAGCAUGGAGAAGUGUGAGGCACUUUGCACCAGGAUGGCCAUCAUGGUCAACGGCAGGUUUCGGUGUCUUGGGUCUGUGCAGCACCUGAAGAACAGGUUUGGUGAUGGAUACACCAUCAUCCUUCGUUUGGCAGACACCAAAUCGGACCCUGACUCGUGUCCCGUCAGCGCCUACAUGAAGGAGUGUUUUCCUAGUAUUGAGCUGAAGGAGCGGCACCAGAAUGUGCUGCAGUACCAGCUACCUUCGCACGCCUGCUGCCUCGCUCGCGUCUUCUACGUGCUGGCAAAAAAAUACGAGGAGCUGGGCAUCGUUGAUUUCUCCAUUUCACAGACCACGCUGGACCAGGUGUUUGUCAACUUUGCCAAGGAUCAGACUGAUGACGACUGCCUCACAGAUGUGGUCGUCAGUAAUGGGACAGUACAGCCAAACGCACCCGAGCACAGAGUUAAUCCUCCCGUCAAUAAACCACAACCACCAAUCGUUCCUCCUCAACCAAGCAAAAGUCCACACCUGCCUGAAAAAUCAUCUGACAGCAAGUCAAAGGCGGGUAAGCUGAAAAAAGAAAAAUCUAGCAAAGGCAAAUCUGGCUCUGUGGCAAUGCGCGCACUACCACAGCCAGAGGAAAUGGCCCGGGAGGUGGCUAAGGUGAGCCGCAGAGCCAGCACUGAAUCAGACGGCAGUAACAGCGGUGUUCAGGGAGAAUCAGGCAAAUCUCGUGGGUCAAAACGCAGAGCAAGUUCCAGCAAAGAUCCAUCUGUUCUCUUUAUAGUCGGCGGCAACUCAGAGGAGAGCACGCUAUGA